GGGGAUGUGGAAGGCUCAUCGAUUGCAAGAAAGAGUUCCAGAGUCUCAACUAAUCCUGUGAUCGAAAUCAUGAGAUCUCUAGUGGUCGCCUCCGCGGCUGGUCCCUGCCUCACCCAUCAAGUUUGUGUUCGGGUGCUCCGCUAGAAGUAGAACUUACAUCAUUUUUCUCGGUCCAGAGGCAAAUGAUCAACAUUUUUGUUGAGCUGUGGAUGGAUUGAGCAUACUUGCGCAUUUAUUCCCCUUGUCCCGAAGACGCUGGUUUGUAAGUCUGUUUUGGCUAGCGAGAUUCCGGUACAGUUCUCGUCAGAUCGGUACAAGGAUCUGCGCUAGGGAGUCGGCCAGAAGCAUGAGAGGUUCUGGAGUGGAUUUGGAGUGGAGUAGCUGGGCAGUGCCGAGCCGCAAUUUGUCGCUGCUGUUUAGUGCUGGGCCAGCCCGUCACAUUCACAAGUCAGUAUUGGAAUUUCACUGCGAUUACAGGACAGUGUAGUUUGCCCUCACAGAACCGGAUCUCUCUGCAGAAACUGGGGCAACGUGAGAGUGUUCGAAGCUUUGCCGUUUCAGCCACCAUAACCGUUUGAGGGGAAAGCCAGCACAGAUGGGUAGAGUCAAGUUAGAGAUCAAGAAGAUUGAGAACCCAACCAACAGGCAGGUGACGUACUCGAAGCGGCGGAAUGGACUCAUCAAGAAGGCCUACGAAUUGUCAGUGCUUUGUGACGUUGACGUCGCGCUCAUCAUGUUUUCUCCCUCUGGAAAACUCACACAGUACAGCAAUUGCAGUAUUGAGGACGUUAUCGGCCGGUUUGCCAACUUACCAAUGCAUGAACGGAACAAGAGCCUUGAGGAUAUGCUUACGCGCUUCGCCAAUUUUCAUAUGGUUCAUGAUCGCAGCAAGUACACAAGGAAACCCGAAAAUUUGGAGUAUCUGCACCGGGCGCUGAAAAACUCAAAUGGAGAGAAGGAUCUUGCUGCAAAUCAUCAACUCCUUACGGGAAGUAAGAGCUACGAAAUCGGAUUACUACAAGAGGAGUUAAAAAAAUCUCAACAGGAAAAGGUGCUAGUGCAGCAAAGAGCAAGAUUGUAUUUGGCGGAUGAGAACCUUUUACAGAACAUUACCUCAGUUCAGCAACUCGCGAACAUGGAAACCGAGUUGGAGCAGGCACUUGAGCGGGUGCGCGCAAGGAAGAGUUAUGUAAGCAAUGCGUAUCAAGCUGCGAGCGCUAUGCAAAGACAGCAACACGAAUUUCUGGGAAACAGUUAUCAACAAAUGAUGGCAUUACGCCAGCAGCAGCAGGCGGACAUUGCAGGAGCACCAUCGCUGUUCUUGCAAUGGAAUAUGCCAGAGCGGGGCGAACCAACGCUUCAGGAUCUCAUGGAGCAACAAUCAAACCCUAGUCGGGCAAUCGCGCCUACACAGACAACAAGAGAAUUAGUUGUGAGUAACGGUAAAGCAAGUCCAACGGGUAACCACUUCUUUCCAGGUGUAGCAUCCCAGCCUAAUCUACACAUGGGGGAGAUGAGCCAGCUUAUGGCUUCAAACAGAGGCUUGACAAUGCAUAACUUGGAGUUGGAACAGCCUGCUGCUCAGUACGAUGAUUCCGGAAAGAAAACUAAGCUUGACACUAACAUGGGCUUAGCGUCGUCAAGCAGCAGCGAUGUGGCUGCAGAAGCAACUGCGGAGACUUUCACCAACCAAUCCGUGCAAGCGCAUGGCAACACCGGCGGUUCCAAUUGGCAUCAAGCCCACCAUCAUGCGCAAGCAUACACCAGUCCCCAGUACUCAAAUGGUUUCUUUAAUCAGAAUGCAGAUGCGUGGAAAUAAUCUGCACUGAUGCGUUUUGGCACAUUAGAGGAGGUCAGUCAUGUUACGGUUUAAGCGCGGGAGUUUACGUAGGGGCAAGAUGACAACUUCAUCGCCCCCGGUGUGUGAGGAUCAUUGAGGUUGGGGGUUCAAGCAGCAGGUGUAUAGAGUCGAUCAGGUUUAGCAGACCCUAAAUGAACCCUAAUAGAUCGCUUAGUAGGCUCAAACUAGCGCAAGGCGACUGGAUCAUUUUAUGUAGACAAAAGGAUGUCUAAGAGCCUAGUCUUUCUCGCUGUAACCUGAGUAAAGCAUAGUUUCGUAGGCUAGCUUCCAGAUUCGUGAGUAAAACUUUGAAAUGAAAGGAUCAGAUACAAAGGUGAAAUCGUGUAGAUGGUGGUAUUGGUCGAAGAUGGUGGUCCAUGUCUGUUUCUAGAUUAGAGGCGAUUUGCUUGAAGACACACUUUGAUUUCAUGGUGGGAUUCAUGUGUUACAUAGAAGCCUACGCAUAGCAAUUUUCACUGUAACCACUUAGGUUUUGCACAGAAAAUGUUGUUCAGUGAGUUCUAACUGAACCAACUGAAUGGUUGUAGACCAUGUUUGUAACAGAUUGACUUCCUUGAGUCAGUGCAAGAUGCAGGAAAUGUAAAGCAGUGGCUGCCAUUCUGACACGCCAAUUGAACAAUUCAACAAUUGCCACGUAAGCUUUCGGU